UACAAAACCCAUAAAGCCUUUGAGUGUAAGCCAAGUUAUAGAAAUAACCAUGUCAAUGAGAUUGUCUACUGGAACCCUCAUCAUCCUUGCUCAACUGUGGCUUUUGAUGGCUACAACAUCAAUAGCUCAGUUUGUGAUCGACACUCAUGGCGAACCUGUUGAGAUUGACAAUGAAUAUUUCAUCAGGCCUGCUAUCACAGGCAAUGGAGGGGGUUCAACUUUGGUAAACAAAAAUGGAUCAUGUCCUCUGAAUGUUGGUUUUGAGAACAGUGAAUUGCCACAAGGUGUGGCUGUGAAAUUCACUCCUUUUUCUGCUCAUCAUGAUGAUGAUGAAGUGAGACUUAAUAGGGACUUGAGAAUAACAUUUGAAGCUUCAACAAUAUGCGCGGCAUCGACUGAAUGGAGGUUGGGUGAGAGGGAUGCAAGGAGUGGAAGGAGGUUGAUUAUCACUGGAAGAGAUGAUGGAACAUUUGGAUCAUAUGGUAACUUCUUUAGGAUUGUACAAACUCAAACUGUAGGUAUCUAUAAUAUUCAAUGGUGUCCUACUGAGGUGUGCACUACUUGUGAGUUUCUAUGUGGUACUGUUGGUGUUCAUCGUGAGAAUGGUAAGAUUUUGUUGGCCCUUGAUGGUGGUGCCCUCCCAGUUGUCUUUCAGAAUGAAUAAUUUUUAUUUGGUAGUUUUACAAAUAUAUUGGGAGCUAUAUAUUGUUUAUUUCAAUAAAUUACAUGAAAGAGAGAGGGAUGGAUGUACUAUGUUGUUGAUUCAUAUAAAAUAAAAGCUCCUAACAUUUAUGUUUGUAUAAUUUGUUGAGAAAAUGUGUGUUGGGAUUUUAUUAAAUGGACCGGAAUGGGUUGAUAAUGCGUGUAAUUAGGGAUGAUAACAAAAUAUGUACUUGCAAGUAUUCAUUUGAAUAUGUUUUGAGUUGGUCGCAAAAACUCGGUUUGUAAUAUUGUUGUCAUUUUUAAUGUAUCUAUUCAUGUACAUA